UGAUGCCUUGCAAGUCCCUGUAGUAUCUUCUGUUUUGUAACUUUCAGACACUACAGUCUACACGCACUUCUCUGCUUCCAAUCUUCUUCUCAUCUCAUUUUCUUUGAAUCUUCGUCCCUUUCUUCUCCAAGAUUCAUCGAAACACCGGCAGAAAGGAUUCACAGUUUCGAUCACUACUACCCUUUUCCUUUUUUUAGAGCUUUACUAUCCGAGGAUUCUCGUAUAUAUCAAAGAAGAAUGCUCUUCAAGACUGAAGAAGAAAAUGUGGAUGUUUUCUCACUGACUUUCUAUGUCCUUUAAACCCAAAAUUUGCCCUUUUUGCGGUAUGGAAGGCAUGAUUAUAGUCUCAAGAAUCACUAACAAGGCUGUUAAACAACAAAACUUCCCUCUUCAAAAGCUCUCCUUCUGGUUCGCUCCCACUAUUCGUCCUCCAGGCCUACUCUAUCCCACUUUCGGCUCAUAAAACUAAAAAGCUACAACACGCACAUACAAAUAUCCAGGCUAUCUUCUUAUUCUUUCAAUGGGUGCAUACUACUAUAGCUCUAAUUCUUCAUCUGGGUGCGGUUAUUUUAACUCGUUGGAUCCAUUUUCGCGUAGUUUAGAUGGUUUUAAUGGGGUUUCGCGAGGUGGGUCGAUGGUCUCGCAGGCUUUGGUGUUGGAUAGUGAGAAAGGAGAACUCGUAAAAGCACCGGCUACGAGAGUCGCGAAGAAAGGGAUGUCUGAGGCCAAGGCUCUGGCGGCUCUGAAGAGCCAUAGUGAGGCAGAGAGGAGGAGGAGGGAAAGGAUCAAUGCUCAUCUCGCUACUCUUCGUGGUCUUAUUCCCUGCGCAGAAAAGAUGGACAAAGCCACACUGCUUGCUGAAGUUAUUAACCAAGUGAAAGAACUAAAAAAGAAUGCAAUAGAAGCCAGUAAAGGUCUCCUAAUUCCAAUGGAUGAUGAUGAAGUGAAAGUUGAAACACAUGACAAUGGAGCAGGAGAUGGAACUUUGUCUUUUAAAGCAUCUCUUUGCUGCGAUUACCGACCUGAGCUUCUGUCUGAUAUAAGACAAGCAGUUGAUUCCCUUCAAUUGAAAAUGGUGGAUGCACAAAUAUCCACCUUAGGAUGCCGGCUAAAGGUUGUUACUUUUCUAACCUGUUGCAGAGAUAAGAAUGCUGAUGAACCAGAGCUUCUCACAAAUUCUAUUCACCAGGCCUUGAAUUUUGUAUUGGAGAAAGGUUCUAUCUUGCCUGAAUAUUCACCAAGAACAACACUUCAAAACAAGAGGAGGAGGGUGACUUUCCUGGAAUCCUCCAGCUCGACUUCUUGAGAGCCAAAAUCUUGUUUCCUCUGGUGGCACUGUGCAUACUCAUAAAUGGGAUUACUGUAACAAUUUGUGUAGAAAUUUUGAAGACUUGUGAUGCUAUAUACAAUGUAAUAUUUGCAGGAGUGAUUAGUGACAAAGUUGACACCACCUUGAGUAUUAAGAAGGUGGUUUCAUCUUUGAAGUUGUAAGCAUAUGGUUGUGUUUUAACUUAAUUAUAAGCUUAAUUAAACUCCUAAUUAUCAC